AUGGAUUACAGCUGGGUGGACCAUACGUCUUGGCAUAGCAGGGACAGUCAAAGGGGAAAAAGAAAAACUAGUGAGCAGGCAGUUUUGUCGGAUUCUAACACCUUCUCUGAGAGACAAAAGAAAAUGGUUUGCUUUGGUGGCCACUCUUUGGAAGAGGACUUGGAAUGGUCUGAGCCUCAGAUUAAAGACUCUGGGGUAGAUACGUGUAGUAGCACAACCCUAAACGAGGAGCAUAGCCAUAGCGAGAAGCAUCCAGUAACCUGGCAACCAUCCAAAGAUGGAGACCGUCUCAUUGGUCGGAUUUUGUUAAACAAACGACUAAAAGAUGGAAGUGUGCCGAGGGACUCGGGAGCAAUGCUUGGAUUGAAGGUAGUAGGAGGAAAGAUGACUGAAUCAGGUCGACUUUGUGCAUUUAUCACCAAAGUUAAAAAAGGAAGUUUAGCGGAUACAGUGGGGCAUCUUAGACCAGGUGAUGAAGUACUAGAAUGGAAUGGACGGUUACUACAAGGAGCCACCUUUGAGGAGGUCUAUAACAUCAUUUUAGAAUCCAAACCUGAGCCACAGGUGGAGCUUGUAGUUUCAAGGCCAAUAGGGGAUAUUCCCAGAAUACCUGACAGCACACAUGCACAGCUGGAGUCCAGUUCUAGUUCAUUUGAAUCUCAAAAAAUGGACCGACCUUCUAUUUCAGUGACUUCUCCUAUGAGUCCUGGCAUGUUAAGAGAUGUUCCACAGUUCUUGUCUGGACAACUUUCA